AUGAGGAUGACUCCGGAGCCCGAGGAGUCUAUCAGGUGCACUUUGUCCUGCUGCAGCUGUGUGUGUUUCAGACCAGGAAGUAUAGAGCUCAGGUCAUGUGAUCGCUGUGGACACGGCUGGGUGGCACACGCCUUGGAGAAGCUCCAGGCCCAGCCUAACCCCAGCUGCGGCCCAGUGGAAGUGGCUCUUCCUGGGCUGGUGUUCGACCUGAGCUCCCUGGUCUUGUACGGAGCUCAGGCCAUUCCGGUUCGACUCAAGAUAUUGUUGGACCGCCUCUACAGCAUCCUGACCCCAGAGCAGGUCGGCCACAUACUGCACGCCAUGGGCUGGAAUUUGGGGGAUUAUGUUAGAGGGUACAUGCUGCAGUUUCCCAAUGGAAAGGUGUUGGACCGCUGGUUUAUGGUGACUCCAGAAGAAGAAGCGCUCAUCUUCAAACAGUUCCUUCGUUUUGGUGAGACGCGACCCAUAGUUGAGCUGAUGCUUCAGUCUGUGGCUAACGCCGAGCACCUCUCUGAUCCUGACCUGAAACCCGCCCAGAGGAGCUGCCAGUCAAGAGGUCGAAAAGGGAGGGUCUGCUGCGGGGUUUGUGGGAAAAGCUUCUAUGACAAAGGAACACUGAAGAUUCACUACAAUGCUGUCCACCUGAAGAUCAAACAUCGCUGUACAGUGGCAGGCUGCACUAUGGUCUUCAGCUCGCUGCGUAGUCGAAACCGACAUAGUGCCAACCCGAACCCACGACUUCACACAGCCACCAGCAGAGACACCUACAGAAACAUACACUACAAAACUGAACGCCCCCUUCUGACCAACCAUGCUCCCUGCACCACCCCAGUCUCCCUGGCAAACUUCGACAGUCAAGCGGCAUCACAUUGCUGCAAAGGAAAAAGAUGGCAGUUGGAGUCUGCUGGCCCCGUGCCAAAGAAGAAGCCCAGGAAGUCAAGCAUGCCAGUGAAAAUAGAAAGAGAGAUGCUGGAGAGGAGGCGAUAUGAGGAUGAGGAGUGCUGA